UUCUUGUUCAUUAAUUACUUAAAAGUAUAUUGCAACCUCUCAUAGGCCAUUGAUUAGAAAGGCCUUUUGUCUAUAGAUCACCAAAUCCAGCACCGUUGGCCUGCACGUGCUAUGAAUUCACAUCCGGCUAACUUUCAAUGACUUGCAGGCAAACUGUCCUCCUUGUCCAAGGGCUGUUGUCGUGGUGUCUGUCACCCAUGGCAACCAGCCCUGGUGUUUGUCUGUUUGGUUUGGUUUGCUUUUGGUUUGUUGUUUUAUUUCCUUGUUUUGUUGUUGUUUUGUUUCAUUUUGCUUUUCAGUCUAUACACUGGGAUUCCCACCAAUUCAAUACAGGUACCUGUGUAGAGAUCUGAGACGUUCGAACCUUUAAUACUGUAUAGAGGCUUGUGAGGCUUAAUCUCCAUCAUCAACGGGAUGUGAUUUGGAAUCACCACGAGAACACACCUCUGGUCGUAUCUGUGAUGUGGCUUAUAGAUAGGUUUAAAACGGGAUGAAGAACCACCCGGAAGUGGGUGGUGCAUCAACUAGGGUUCCUGAAGGGAGAAAGGGGGAAAGCUGAGCGUUCACCUGUCUCUGCUUCCACACAGUAGAUGCUAUGUGCCAGCGGCCGUACACGGGCGGUCAUCCCUUACCUGCCUUCAGAAACAGUACUUUCAAACUGGGAGUCCAAACCAACCCUUUCUUCCUUACCCAGUGUUGGUCAAGCAUUUUGCCAGUAAGGAGAAAAGUAACUAAGCAGUGUCUCCAAUAAAGAUUCUAUGUAUCAAUCUGUAAAUACUUGUCUACCAACAGGAAUGCCCUUAGUUUGUGGUCCUCCCCAAAUGUGGCUGUUUUAAUAAUCUUAAUUUGAAUAAAAGAGUUUUCAAUCCAGUCAACAGAGUGGGUUUCGGGUCCUAAAUUCGGAUAGCAUUUUAUGUGAUUCGGUAAGACUCGGAUGGAAAUAUUGGGCCAAGAAAGCAGAACGUGGUUUCAGUGAUCUUAAGCACUGGCCGGAGUGGGGGGGGGGAUAAGGACCGUAAUCAUAUCUAAUUAGUGCUAAAAUAAUGUUUCCCUUUGAAAUGUUUAAUUAGCUCGAUUUUUAUUGCAUAUGCACUCCUGAUGUGGCACUCGCCUUAGAGCUGGAAGAUGUUGGCGACUUAAAUUGUGCACUGUUCCUGUACCCUGUGUGGGCAGACCCUGGCUGGGAGUGGCUGUUGUGAACAGAGGCCUGGACCACUGCUGGAACCAGGAUGCUCCAAGCCUACAUCUCAGCGUUUGCCGCUUCCCUGGGGCCUCCCACAGAGCUUUCCCUUUACCACCGACACCCCAAGCACACCAAGGCUUUUCUUCCAGUUUGCCCCCCAGUUCAGAAAGGAGACCUAUCGAACUCUUGCUCUGAUGCUUGUUGCCAGCCUGGGUGGGUCUUCUGACAGUGAGCUACUCAUACGGAGGGCAAGGAGGAAAUCCUGGGUUUCUCUGGCUCACUUACAGGUGGUUGGUCUCAGGGCUGCAGCUAAUCCAACUAACUUUAUUUCAAAUAUAAUUUUCCUGAUGAUCACAUCACAGUCAGGUAUUCUCUUAUGACUGCUGUCUCAAAGAAAUAUGAAUUUUAGGAGUUUUCUAGAAAGACCCAUGGUAGCUAGCUAUGUGGUCAAGGUGUAGACUUCCGUGGAUCCCAGUAAGGGAACUGGGCUCUAACAUGUUCACUGAGGCAAGGGUAGGAGGAACAUUCCAUUCACUGAAAAGUAAUUUUAAGAUGCGUAGCACAUAAAUUUCUGAGGUCCAGUCAAUGCUAGACUAAUUGCUCUCCUUAAUUCAUAGUGAGGAACCGACCCUGGGGUUCAGUUAGUUGGAUACUGAUGUAAUGUACAUUAAUCUAUUCCUAGGCUCAGUCCCCAGCACCUUAGGAAGCAGCAGUGACCACAGGUUCCUGGUAGUCCUGCCACUGAGGUAGUGAAAGCAGGAGAAUUUGGGGCCAGCCUGGCAUACAGGAGAUCCUGCCUCAGCUAAACGAAAGAGCAACAAGGAACAAUCCUCCUGGUCUUCUGUGAAGGGCUAUUGUGCUUUCAAAGCACUACUUAGAUUUCCAACAGACGAAAUGUCUGUACUCACAUCUUCCUAUAUUCUGUCUGUCUCUGACGCAUGCACGCUAACAACACAUACACACACACACACACACACACACACACACCACCACCACCACCACCACCACCACAGAGGGGGGGAAUGGGGGGCGGUCCCAACAUGUGUAUUUGAACGAACCUUUACCUCCUCCAGUCCUUGAGGCUCUCAGUUACUCUCAAGAAGAAAUCCAACCCAUAUCUUCCAGACGAACGGCCAGUGCAAGCUCGGGCUCAGAAUGAGCCCCACCACCCUCACCACUCCAUGUUGCUGUAUAAUACAUGAGAGCAGUAGCAGCAUGGACUCCAGACACUAAUUCUCAAGGCUCCUUCAAAUACACUGGGACCUUUUGCCUCAAAUGACGCUGUUAGCAGAUGGAAACACGUGCCAAUGUCGGGCCUGAAAGGGCGCUGGGAUUUCUGUGUUACUUAGAAGUGCAAGACCUCACCAACACUGACUGCAGCCUGCUGUUGACCAUUAGACAGUUUUAUUUAAAUAGACUGAUUUAGUGGCCAGGUAAAGGAGGGUGUGUGACCAUCACCAAGACUGACUGAGCACAGCAUUACGACCGAUGAGGUCAGGACAGGUAAGGCCACUCAAAGCUUGGCUUAAUCUCUUCAAGGGACAAAGAUUUUCAGAGAAGCUACACCAGGGGAGGAGUUGUUGACCUGAUAAAUCGGCCAACAUAACAUUUAGGAUGGAUACAUUUUAGCUGGAGAAAAUGUAUAGAGUCUCAUUUUUUAGUUAAAAGGGUCAAAUAGGAGAAUGCAUGUCCAGGGGCUGGAGAGAUGGUUCCGAGGUUGAGAGCAUUUGCUGGCCUUGCAGAGGACAUCAGGUUUGACGACUGACUUAGUAGACUUAGCACCACACAAGAGAAAAGCAAAACAAAGAAGUCGUUAUCCUUGUGUUCUUUCUAUGGCAUUGAGAGGUCUGCUUAUGAAAUAAUCAAAAUAGUGAGAUUUGAAAGAAAAUAUACUUUUGCUAAAAGGAGUGCUUUAUCACACAAAAGGAUCAGUGUCCUAGGAUAGAAACAAUAUCCAAUUCCUUUGCAUUGUUCCAAGUCCCAAGGCAGACCCGUGUUAUAAUCACCGACCUGGAGCACUGGCAAGCUUCGGUUCGGCAGUCCACAGCCACUCUAAUGACGUCCUGCUUCUGAAUGUUAACUUCUCCAGCAUUCUCGCGUCCACCGUCCUUCCUGAUCUAUUGGAUCGUGUGUGUGUCCUCAGUGACUCUGCAGCGUGUAAGCAUUCUUAACCAUGCUACUCAUUCGUUAGUUCCUCCAAAGGCACUGAUAUCUGAUGGCAGUCUGAACACUAAAGAAGCUUACUAACUUAAUUAGUGCAGUGUCACAACUCAUUAUCGUGACGCAUUUAGACGUAGCACACGUCUGAAAAGAGGAAAUCCACAUCGAGGCUUCAAUCUGUAAACAUCAGAAGCUCACAGUAAUAGCUAAAACACAAAGGAAAUGUAUCUUUUAGAGGAACGAAGAACACCUCCUAAUGGGAAAAACUUAGCAGGCACAUUUUCCCCAUGCAGUGGGUAAAGUACUCUUGUUGGCCGUGGCAGCAUAGCGUAAUGCGGGCGGAGAACACGUACCAAACGGGUUGGUUUGGGUCCACUGCAGAUUAAGAACAGUUAUCCUGGGGGCUAAAUUACUGUGGGCUUCCAAAACUGAUUUGCCAGUGGUGUCUGGUCCUCACAAAAAUCCUUAACACUUCUUGUCUGUUUUAUUGCAGAUAACUAAAUGUCAGCCAAGCAGCCUCCCUUGGGCCCCACUGUCAUAGGAAGCAAAGCACCAGUUCUUGUUGCCUUAACACACUAUGUGACCCAGGAGCGAUAAACCAGCUAAGCAGUGAGGUGGAUAAUGGAUGCCACCUGCGCUGUAGCACCGAGCGUUUACAACAUUCUUUUAUCAUCCUCAUGGCCCCACUCCGUGGAAUACUCCUAAAUCCCAAAGUAAGGCAGCAUGGGAGUCUUCUUUUCCCUUAUUUUUAAUGUUUACUGAUUCAGAAAACCUAGUUCGUCUUACAUUUGUUUAAGUUUUUAAGACUUAGGUUAGAGGUGAAAUACUUAAGUAAAGGCGGUUUCUACCAAGGUCAGUUUUGUGUUUUGUUUUGUUUUGUCUUAUUUUUAAGAGGAAAAGCCACCACAUUUAGAAAACUGAAAUGUUUUGAAUGAUUUUAAGAAAUUAAUUAGCAGACAGGUCAUGCUAACACUCCCAUAAAAGGGGGCAAGGUGGGUGAAGCAGGGAGCGCACCAUCGCUUUGCUUUGCACCACAAUAGCUAAUGGAGUAACAAUAUUUAAUGAAGCAAAAAUCCUUGAUCUUCUGGCCACUGACAAACCGUCAGGACUGUGUGUUCAAAUUUUUCAGAAAUGAAGUCUGUCCAGAAAAAUUCUUCACAGGGCAUGGGGGAAGUUCAAGUUAUUUGGAAUAAAUACAUACUUGAAAUGUAUUGUUUUAUCGAAAUCCAUCAAUGCUUCUCUUUAACUUCCUUGACAGGUCAAGCCCUGUGACAUUUUAUACUACGUAACUUAGCUGACAUGUUGUGAGUGCUGCUUCGAGCUUUAUUAACAUACCCUAAUACCUUUUACUCUCUUAAAAGGAGUCUUCUUUAGAGCAUUACACUUGGGCUGGAGAGAUGGCUCAGUGGUUAAGAGCACUGACUGCUCCUCCAGAGGUCCUGAGUUCAAUUCCCAGCAACCACAUGGUGGCUCAUGACCAUCUGUAAUGGGAUGCCCUCUUCUUGUGAACAGGCAUAUAUUCAUGCGGAACACUAUAUACAUAAUAAAUAAAUAAAUCUUAAAAAAAAACCAGCAGUAACAACAAAAACAUUACACUUACUCCAGCCAAGCCACAGUCUACAUUAUCUUUGAAACCGUCAUUUGGGAAUUCCAGCAGGUUGCUUGGUGUAGGGGAGCCAUCUUGGUCUGUCGCACUGUAAGAGCCACCAGUGGCACAUUGGGUUGAAAGCUGGCAGGUUGCUACUAAGGAAUGGAACACUGGAGCUGCUUGGUUGGACAGAGUUUUUAAUUAUUUUGAAAUUAAUUCUAGAUAUGAAGGGCUGGAGCAAUGAUUUUGAAAAGUAACGAUCAAGUGUGUGUUGGCAUGACAUCAUUAACCUAUAUGUCACGUGCUUGGUGGCUGGGAAGCAGUUGGUUUCUUUCAUUAUUGAAGAUCACCUAACACUGAGAAAAGAAAUUCUAUCGUUUGUUCACUUAUCCAUCUAGCCAUCCGUAGUCACAUACGUUCAAGUACUCAUCCAUUUACUCUUCUUAUUGGCAUCCAUGUGAAAUUCAAUAAGGCAUAACCAUGUGACCUUCAGUGAAACCCGUUCACCCACAAAUGCAUCUGGUUCUAGGAAUCAAAUGCGGGACCUGGUGUCUGUAAGCAGACAUGAUGUCAUGGAGCUACACUCAUGGAGGUGAGAACUCAUCCUCAGCAAACCCCCGGAGAACAAUGACAAAGUGUUUCCUGAGACCCAAGGGCACACAAUGAGAAUGCCGCACAUCUUCCUCUCCCUGGCCUUUUUGAGUUUUACAUUAGUGCCAUGGAUGCAACGAUCUCUUCUGAGCCAGAAGAGCGAUUAAAGAUAAUUUGAUCCUAAAGGAGAACACUCAUUUUGCUGUAGUCUAUUCUAAGAGGAAAAUAUCUAAUGAAUUUAUUUGUUUUGAAUUUACUAACUUUGUUUUCCUGGUUAGUUCCAACGACCAGUGUAACCUUUUGCUUGGUUCAAAAACCCCAGUGAACUGAGGGUCCAUGAUUUAAGUUUGGAAAUGCCAUGGUCACCCAGCAUCUCAUUAACUGAAUUCAGGUUCUUAUCACCCUCUAACCCCAGCUUCAGAAGAUGGUCUAAGAUUAGACACAGUCCUAUUGUCUUAGUCAGGGUUUCUAUUCCUGCACAAACAUCAUGACCAAGAAGCAGGUUGGGGAGGAAAGGGUUUAUUCAGCUUACACUUCCACAUGGCUGUUCAUCACCAAAGGAAGUCAGGACUGGGACUCAAGCAGGUCAGGAAGCAGGGGCUGAUGCAGAGGCCAUGGAGGGAUGUUUCUUACUGGCUUGCUUCCCCUGUCUUGCUCAGCCUUCUUACAGAACCCAAGACUACCAGGGAUGGCAGCACCCACAAUGGGCUGGGUCCUUCCCCUCUUGAUCACUCAUUGAGAAAAUGCCUUACAGCUAGGUCUCAUGGAGGCAUUUCCACAACUGAGGCUCCUCUCUCUGUGAUAACUCCAGCUUGUUUCAAGUUGACGCAGAAAACCAGCCAGUACAGCUGUUAUCAGCUUUUCUGAAGAAAUGUGUUCCACAGAAUACUUGGGACCAGCAUUUCUCAACCUGACACUAUCCAUUCAGCAUUCACAUCCAAGGAACUGGCAUGGUGAGUAACUGUACGUAGAGGCAGGGUAGUGGCAGACUGCAAUACCUGUAGCAGCCAGAGAAGUCAAAGCUCCCCAGCAUCGAUAGAUAAUGGGGAAGGUUCUGCAGAGCAGGCAAGGCCUUCAGGGAAACCAUCCUGCUCCUCACUGACAGGUAAUCACAAUUGAUAAAGGAAACGCAUGACUCAGGUUGCUCAACGCUGUCACAAAGAUUCCUUCUCAUUCAAAAGUCCAGCAAGAAACAUCUCUGCCUCCAGCUUUUGGUCACCGCUGUCUCUCAUAUGAGGAUGAAGAAAUGACAAUAGAAAGAUGACUGAUUUGUUCAGAAAGGAAUUGACAAAGGUAAGCGAUGAAAAACUGAAUAUAGAAAAGUUGUUCCAACAAUGGUUAGUGUUGGGGUUUGAAAAUGGAUGAACCUGAACACUUGGCCCCAUGGGAGUGCUGUUCCAAGCAACGAGGUAAGAGGAUCAACUCUCAGCAGAAGACUUCAUGCCGGACGUAGGAAAGCAAAUUCCCUAAACUCUCCAAGAUGAAAAAGGUGAAAACACGUGAGAAGGUCGAGGUCACGUGAAUGAGUGUAACAAAGUCUUAGUCCCAGAGACCUCUAAGAGUGUGUCUCAGCUACACCCUUGAGAGUGAAAGCCACACCAAGAUGUGUUUUAUGGCUUCCAAGAAACUAACCAAGUGUCAAGAUCCGUGAGAAGAGCGGCUUGAUUCAAGACUUCUAAUGUCAGUGACGAUGUCAAUGAAUUGAGGAGAAACUGUGAAGAUUGUUCUUCCAGGGAGGGCCUAUUAACAGGCCCUCUGCAUAAGAAGUAACGACUACUGCACGAGUGCACACCUCUGAUACCCACGCUCUCAUUAGAUAUCAUCGAGUGGACUCCUCAGUCAUCGCAAAGCUUUGUGUAAGUAGCUGUCAAUACCCCCAUGUUGUGCUCAGUAAACUGAACACAGAUAAGAGAUAUGUGAGGGCUUUCCGCCGGGGCAGCCAUCUUCCAGUAACUCGCCAAAAUGACGAACACAAAAGGAAAGAGGAGGGGUACUCGGUAUAUGUUCUCUAGACCUUUUAGGAAACAUGGAGUCGUUCCUUUGGCCACAUACAUGCGAAUCUACAAGAAGGGUGAUGUUGUAGACAUCAAGGGAAUGGGCACUGUUCAAAAAGGAAUGCCCCAUAAGUGUUACCAUGGCAAAACCGGAAGAGUCUACAAUGUCACCCAGCAUGCCGUGGGCAUCAUUGUAAACAAGCAAGUUAAAGGCAAGAUUCUGGCCAAGAGGAUCAAUGUGCGGAUUGAGCGCAUCAAGCACUCAAAGAGCAGAGACAGCUUCCUGAAGCGGGUGAAGGAGAACGAUCAGAAGAAAAAGGAAGCCAAAGAGAAGGGCACCUGGGUUCAGCUGAAGCGCCAGCCUGCGCCACCCAGAGAAGCCCACUUUGUGAGGACUAACGGAAAGGAGCCCGAGCUGCUGGAGCCCAUUCCAUACGAAUUCAUGGCCUAAUGUAUACAAA